AUGGCGUCAUCGAAGGAAACCUAUUGUUUGUGUGGUCAGCCGUAUAAUAUUGGACAGUUUAUGAUAGAAUGUGACUGUUGUCGUGAAUGGUUUCACGGAAGCUGUGUUGAUGUAAAAAUAUAUCACUCUGACGAUAUAGACAAAUAUCACUGUCCGAAAUGUGCCCAAACCUAUGGACCUUCUGUAUUGAAAAUCCCCACAAACAACCACAGAGCAGAUCGUUACGAAUUAAGUGCGGAAACACGGCCCUCUCAAGUUGGUUCACCAGCAUGGGUGAGAGCAUUAGCUGCAAGACCACUACGCCCAGCACCAGCGGCGCUUCAGAGAAUGAGGGGCCACCAGUUUACAGAGGAGUUCAUCAAGGACAAUGGUUAG